CGUGGUGUCUGCUGCGGCCGCGCCUGGGGAUGGCGGGGAUGCUCUUGGUGCUGCUGCUCUGCGCCUCCCACGCUGCUGCCAGUUGUGGCAUCCAGAAAACCAACGGUAUAGAGACUUCCGAGGAGGGUCUGGUCAGCGAGGAGGAGUUCCCGUGGGUGGUGUCCCUGCAGAACUCCCACCACGCGCACCUGGCUUUCGGCAGCAUCCUCAGUGAGUUCUGGAUCCUCAGCAUCGCGUCUGCCUUUCAGCACAGGAAGGACGCCGUGGCCGUCGUGGGCAUCGCGAGGAUGAACGCCUCGGUGGUGUCUCACGAAGAGUUCCUGGUCAACACCAUCAUCGUCCACGAGGACUUUGAUAACAAGACGAUGACCAAUGACUUAGCCCUCCUGAAGACAGACACGGCCAUGCAGUUCACCAGCCUGGUGCAGCCCAUCUGCUUCCUGGGCAGGAAGCUGUACAUGCCGCUGGCCUCGCGCAACUGCUGGGUGGCCGGCUGGAACCCCACGUUUGCAACGGGAGAGCAAAUGACGAUGAGUAUCCUGAGGAAAAUCUCCGUGCAAGACAUGGACCUGUGCCCCUUAUACAAGUUCCAGAACACAGGAUGUGGCAGCCACGUGGAGCAGGAGACGGAUACUGUCUGCUUGGGGGACCCAGGAAACCCGCUCAUGUGCCAGCUGCAGGGGCUGGACCUGUGGGUGCUGCGUGGAGUCCUGUCGCAGGGGGGCGAGAGGUGCCCUGGCCUCUUCCUGUACAUCAAGGUGGAAGACUACGGCGACUGGAUCACGUCCCAGACGCAGAUGGACAGCCUUCUCCCCCUGUCCGUGUUCCACCACUACCACCCCCACCAGGAGAACGCGGCCCCUGCCCAGGACCCCUCGGCGCCCACCAGGGAGACGCAGCUCCAAGAGCCAGCAAAGGUGACCAUCGUCAUGGACAGAUCUCCGUGGCCGGAGAACGGCUCUUCCGAGGGCGUGGAACCCCGGGGGAAGGGCGUGAGGGAGUUGGACAGCUCCCCAAAGGAGGAGGAGGCCCUGCCCGCGUACUAUGACUAUUACAGCCAGCAGGCCGGGCAGGGGGGGUCCAUUUCGGGUCAGAACAGGUUGCAUCAGCCCCAAGAAACGCUCUUGCUUUCCUCUGCGCUUGUUUUCUUUUGGAACGGUAGACAGUCUGGGAGCUAACCCCCCACCCCCACCCCCACGGGAGAGUAGGCUCAGAAUGCUGAGUGCCAGGCGCCUGCCACGCCGCGUGGGUGCCUGAUGGCUGCAUGCCUGGCUGGCGCGGCCCGGCCCGCGGCCCGCCCUCCUCUGUGUCACUGCCACGUGCUCCCACGGCACCGUCAUCUGUGCUUGU